AUGGAAAAUGGUGAAGCCAGUAAAAGCCCUGGAGAAAUAGAUGAUGCAUAUUUUUGCAAAAUUAUAAAAAAGGAAUUACAGGGCAUAACACAUGAGUAUAAAAAGAAAACACAAAAGAAUUUUUUUUUCGAAUGUAUUCUCAAGACAGAGUUAUUUGUAGUAACUUUUUUUCUGAUACCCUUAUUUACAUGUUUGUUUUUCCUUAAAGAUAACGAUAUAAUAAGUCAGCACUAUUUAACAUGUUUGUUUUUUCUCAUAUUACUUCUUCUACUUUUGUUCGUGUUUAUUUAUCACGAAAUUAAAGAGGCUCAAAACAAGGAAUUUUUAAGUAAAAUAAAUGAAGCCACUAAAUUAUUGUCAUCAAGAAAUUUUCCUAAGAACAAGAAGGAAGAUUUUCACUUUAAUUGUUUACCCAGUUCUAAUUUUAUUUUUGUUCUGAGGAACAAAAGAUGGGAACUCUUACCAACCAACCUGCUAAUCAAGCAGGAUGUCUUUUUACUACGCGCGGGGGAUCUGAUUCCAUGCAGAUGCAUAGAAUACAACAUGAAAGAGAAUGCAUACGGGAGGAGAUAUGAAAAGAAUGAAGUGUUCAUGCCUAUGGACAAAUAUAAAAUUAGCAUGAACUUAUUGACAAAAUAUGCAAAGGAUGAUAAGAGGGAUUACCUCCCUUCCUUCCACUUGUACUCAUUCUUAUCAGAAGAAGACGUGUCUAUAUCUAUUAUAAAGAAAUAUAUGCAAGAAUUUGGAGAGAAGAAUAAAAAUUCCAAAAAUAGGGAAAAUUUAAGGGACGUCAUAUUAACUGAAAAGAUACAUACAUUUUACCUCUACCUUUGGAUUUUCCUCUUUUCAAUAUCAUCAGUAUCCUCUCUCCUAUACUUCAUAGACAUCCGGAGACACAGAAAUGGCAUUCCACAUUUUGUCGUUAUGUAUUUCGUGCUUUACAAUGUAUUGAUGUCGAUUACUAUGCUGCCCUUUUUCCACAGAAUAUUUUCAGAACUACUUUAUGGGUACUGUUCAUCCCUUAAUAUGAUAUAUGAAAAUUACUUUAAGGACGAAACGAAUUGUGAAAGUAACUUUUCUUCAUCCUUUGAUUUCUCAUCAACAACUGAAGAAAGUUCCUAUGGGAAUAAAAAAAAGUUCGGUUUGUUUUACACGUUGAAAAGUAUUUUUCUUUUAAUCAUUAAGGGAAUAAGAAUAGACAAAUGUUAUCUGAAUAUAUUAAGCGAUUGUUCAGUUUUAUGCUUCUUGGAUAGCAGUGGAAUUUUAGUGAAUACAAAUCACAGCAUUAAAGAAAUUUGUAUAUACAAUUACAUGAACAACAAGAGGGAUAUUCCUCAAAAUACUAGUAUGGCGAAAGGAAUUCCAAAUAAUCAUAAUUAUAUGCUAACGGUUAUUGACAUACUGAUGGACAAUAAGAGUAUGUACGCAUAUCAGCGAAUCAAGAAUAUUAAGAUUUUACACUCUCUGUUUUUGUUGUCAUACUACACGCAAGUCCCCAAGUAUAUAAAAAUUCUGGACGAGUUUCAAAACAACAUCCUGAAUUACAUGAACCAACUUGAUUACAGUCACCUGUACAUAUGCCUUUGCGACAUAGGAAAUAUUUCCUACCCAUACAAUAAAUUUGUUUUUCACAUGCUGUUUUUCUGUGUCGAAAAUAAAAGCGAUUAUGAACUUUACAAGAAAAAGCAUUGUGAACUUAAGAGACAUAAGAAGCCUCAUUGGGACACUGAUGAUCGCCCUUACUAUGUGCAUGAACAUGAUGAAAAAGAAAAUUCAUUGGGUAUAAACAUAUAUGACAAUGUAAUAUCCAGGGACAAUUUUGUUUUUAUUUUCAUUUUGUGUGAGAAAAAGAAGGAUAGGUAUCACCUCUUUCUCAAGGGCCAACUGGAUGCCUUAGUGAACAAGUGCAUGUUUUACUAUGACGGAACAAUUAUAAAGAAGCUGAAGAGGAGAAAAAAAAAGGUUCUACGCAUUUUGAACAUGCAAUGGAUUUCCUCAGGCAUCGAAAGCAUUUGCUUUGCGUACAGGCCCCUGAGCACAGAUGAAACAAAUUACUUAAAGACAAAUUUCAGUAAAAAUAUAUACAUAUUGACAAUAAAUAAAAGGAAAGUGUAUAAUAUUAAAAAUUUUUAUAAUGAAAAACCAUUUCCAGUGAAGGAAAACGAGAAGUUCCUAUCACACUUACUCUCCACCAGCAUCUUCAUCGGCAACUCUGCAGUUAAACUUAUGACGAACAAUGAAAUUCAGACAAGGGUAAAUGAUUUUUAUGAUGCCGGAAUUCGGUUUGUGUAUUUCAGCAAAACAGACCAAGGCAACACGAGGAAUGUGGCGAAUUUGUUAGGAAUAGAGACUAAUUGGAACACUUCCAUCUCCCUAAGUCUUAAUGAUAAGUCGAGCUUCAAAAACAGAGACGGAAAGGUGGUUAUCCCCAGUGGAAUAAAUAACAUAAAGACGCACAUAAAAGAAAUUGAUGACAUCCCACUUCGAGUUUCGACCUACUCCGGAUGUAACAAAUUCAACACUGCGGAAAUGAUAAAAAUAUUGCUUGAAAAUAAUGAGAUUAUCACUUGUGUAGGAAACAGCCUUAAUUGUUGUAACUUUGAAAUAUACAAUAUGUGCAACUAUGCAAUAUCCAUUUUGCUGCCAUUCAAUAAUAUAUGCAAAGACUGUCAAGGGAAAAGAGAACGAAAUAGUCCUUUUGAUGAGUUGUCAACAAGGCAAAACCCGAUCAUCUCAUACGCCUCUUUCGUUAACACAUUCCCAUGCAACUUGACAAUAGAAAAAAGCCGAUCGGAUUUAUCUGAAAAUAUAAUGGAACUAGUUUACAAAUUGUUGAAGAGCUCGAGGAUACACAAAAAGAACGUUUCGUUGACUAUAUUUUACUUUUACUUUUACUAUUCCCACCUGUCCUUUUUGUUAUUUGUCAUCUCUGCCUUUUUCUUACCUCCCUUUAUCUCGGUCCUAGACUAUCUCUUAUUUAUUUUGUUGAUCAUACCACUGUUAUCAAUCUCCCUUCUGAACAAUAAUAAUAAUUCGACGAUUAUGAACGAGAUUCCAGAUAAGGUUAUUACAAGGGACUUUUUAUUAAAAAAACUGAUUUUUUACCUGAUAAAAUGGAUUUCCUUCAUGGUCUUUUGCAUUAUUCUGUCUUUAUAUUAUGUAAACUUAAUUAACCAUCAAUUUACGAGAAAGUAUAUAAUAGAAUCCCCACUGAGUGAAGAGAAAUUAGGUUCCUUGCGGAAGAAUUUCGUGGAAGAUGUUCAACAUCACUGUAUACAGAAUGUGCAUCUAGGAUCCUUGUACAAAUGCCAACUUUUACUUCACGAAUUUUCGCAAAAUGAGAACCUGGGUGAUCGUCGUGGCAUGAUGGCAGUUAUAAUAAAGCAGAUGCAAAUUUUUUUUUUUUUUUGUUUUUCUCUAUUGUUCUUGGUAUCGUCCCUGUCUUAUAGUGACAAGUUCGAACCGCUGCACAAAUUAAGUUGCAUACAAAAUUCGAAGACCUAUUUUUCGUGUCUGUUUUUCUUCCUCAUAUUAAGUCUCUCAUACGUGUGCUUACGCAUAUAUAUGCUUCCCCCCUACUAUGUGAAGCAGUACUUAUGA